GAGGAUCUACAGGAAUUCUAUUUGAAGUUUUUGAGGCUGUUUAGACACUUGUUUGUGUAUCAGAUCCAGGAUGGAACAGCCCUGUCCAUGCCUGCUGCUCUGUGUUAGCUUUCUGUUUGUGCGAGCUUUACCACCAAAUGGAACUGAAUUACCCAAACCCACCAGCACUACAAACUCUACAGAGGAGAACAACUUACACAAGGACCUGCUGACCUCCAUGCUGAUCCUGCUCCUGGUGUUCAUCAUCUUCAUCCUGUUGGCCGGCUAUUUCUUCAGGUUCCGGAGACACAGGAAAGCUGUGGUGAGCUCUGGUGACAAGAAGAUGCCAAAUGGAAUCUUAGAGGAGCAAGAACAGCAAAGGGUGAUGCUGCUCAGCAGGUCUCCUUCGGGCCCCAAGAAGUAUUUCCCUAUUCCAGUAGAAAAUCUUGAAGAGGAAAUAAGGAUACGAUCAGCAGAUGAAGGGAAACUGUUCCGUGAAGAGUUUAAUUCUUUAACACCUGGAUACGUGCAGGGAACGUUUGAAAUGGCAAAUAAGGAAGAAAACAGGGAGAAAAACAGAUAUCCUAACAUCCUCCCAUAUGAUCAUUCCAGAGUGAUUUUGACCCAAGUAGAUGGAGUCUCGCCUUCAGACUACAUUAAUGCAUCAUAUAUAGACGGUUAUAAAGAAAAGAAUAAAUUUAUUGCUGCACAAGGACCCAAGCAAGAAACAGUCAAUGACUUCUGGAGGAUGGUGUGGGAGCAGAAGUCUGCCGUUAUUGUCAUGUUAACAAACUUGAAAGAAAGGAAAGAGGAUAAAUGUUAUCAGUACUGGCCCGACCAAGGGUGCUGGACUUAUGGGAACAUCCGUGUGUCAGUGGAGGAUUGCAUUGUGCUGGUGGAUUACACCAUUCGCAAGUUCUGCGUCCAGUCGCUCCACGAUGGCUGUAAGGCGCUGAGGCUCGUGACGCAGCUCCACUUCACCAGCUGGCCUGAUUUUGGGGUGCCUUUCACACCUAUUGGGAUGCUGAAAUUCCUGAAGAAAGUCAAGGCGUUGAAUCCUGCCCUUGCUGGGCCAAUUGUGGUUCACUGCAGCGCUGGUGUGGGCCGGACGGGCACGUUUAUCGUUAUAGAUGCCAUGAUAGACAUGAUGCAUGCUGAGCAGAAAGUUGAUGUUUUUGAGUUUGUUUCAAGAAUACGCAAUCAGCGCCCGCAGAUGGUUCAGACUGAUAUGCAGUACUCCUUCAUUUAUCAAGCCUUACUUGAGUACUACCUCUACGGUGACACAGAGCUAGAUGUGUCAUCCUUGGAGAAACAUCUACAAACAUCACACAGUGCAGCACCAAACCUUGUCAAAAUAGGGCUGGAAGAAGAAUUUAAGAAAUUAACAAACGUUCGAAUAAUGAAAGAGAACAUGAGAACUGGCAAUCUUCCAGCAAAUAUGAAGAAAGCUAGAGUCAUCCAGAUCAUCCCGUAUGAUUUUAAUAGAGUGAUUCUGUCAAUGAAAAGAGGGCAGGAAUACACAGACUACAUCAAUGCUUCCUUCAUAGAUGGCUAUCGCCAGAAGGAUUAUUUCAUUGCCACGCAAGGGCCGCUGCCACACACCGUGGAGGAUUUCUGGCGGAUGGUGUGGGAGUGGAAGUGCCACACCAUUGUCAUGCUCACAGAGGUGCAGGAGAGGGAGCAGGAGAAGUGCUUCCAGUACUGGCCAUCAGAGGGCUCAGUAACUCACGGAGAGAUAACUGUAGAAAUAAAGAAUGACAGCCUUUUAGAUGCCAUAAGCGUAAGGGACUUCAUAGUUACAUAUAAUCAGGGUAACCAAGAGAAGCAAAGCAGGCUGGUUCGGCAGUUCCACUUCCAUGGGUGGCCAGAAAUCGGAAUUCCUGCGGAAGGAAAAGGGAUGAUUGACCUGAUUGCAGCUGUCCAAAAGCAGCAGCAGCAGACGGGGAAUCACCCCAUCACGGUGCACUGCAGUGCCGGUGCUGGAAGGACAGGUACAUUCAUUGCACUCAGCAAUAUUCUGGAGCGAGUGAAGGCUGAGGGGCUCUUAGAUGUAUUUCAAGCUGUGAAGAGCUUAAGACUGCAGAGGCCACAUAUGGUGCAAACACUGGAACAGUAUGAAUUCUGCUACAGAGUGGUACAAGACUUCAUCGACAUAUUUUCCGAUUAUGCUAACUUUAAAUGAAAAACUUCUGCCUUAUUUUUUAAGUUGUCUGUAUAAAUAGUUGUAUAUGAUAUUAAUUUAUUCCACGUCGUUUUGUUUGUUGACUUUGACUGUAAAUAGGACCUCGUGUUUGCUCUAAAAUUUGCAUUUGCUGUACAAAAUUAUUUCUGAAAUAUAAAUAUCUUCUAAAGCAAAGUAUAAUGUUCAUAUAGAGUAUAUAGCUAUAAGAUGGUAGAGAAGUCUUUAUUCUAAAUAACAGUAAAUUAAUUCUGGAAGGUUUAUUUCUUUGAUUAUUUCCUUUUCCACUUACAGAUAUUUAUCAGCAGUGCCAUUGCCCGGUUCGUGCAUCUUUACAUUUACCUUUCAUACUAAAAUAAUGAGCUGUGGUACAUCUGUUUAAAGGAAACUCGUUUUGGCUGCAAACCUUUGACACAGAAGUCAAUAGCAAAUAAAAAGAGAUGUUUAUUUUGGGCCGUGUUCUGAUAACCUGCUGCUGCUUACUUGGAAUUGACUUCAUGGCCUCACUGAAAGGCCAAGGAACUGUUCCAGGUGUCAGAACACAGCCCUUCAUGUGUGAUAGUGCACAGUGCAGCUGAAAAAUGGUAUUGCUUUUAAAGGCUGUUUGUAAGAACCUCCCCACGGAUGGCAGCUUUGUUUUGUGUUCUACUGUCAGUAGGAUACAAGCAUUAGAAAUGCAGGUUGGAAUUUCUGAUUUCAUAUGACUUUCAAAGUUAACCUGCUUCGUUCUUUCCUAAAUACUGCACCAGCUUGAAUCAAUCUAGGAGUACAGUAAUGUCAUUUUGUCACUAUUGAACAAUAUUCUGCAUAUCAGGAGUGUGUAUUUUGCAUUUGUCUAAUUCAAGAAGCAUUACAGCCCUGGUUGGCCAUGGAUAUAGAGCUUCACUAUAUGUGUGCAUCAUUUCCAGCUACUGUGAGAAAAAGCAGAGGGCAGAACUCUCUCAGAUUCAACAAGAAUAUUACAUCUCUGGAAAACAAAAAAAGAACUGCGUAGCGUGAGCAACACGAAGAAAAUUCCUUUAUGUUCUUGCCUUCCCAUAUGUAUUAUCAGCUAAGGAGUGCUUCCUUUAUCUAAAAGGGGGGAUGUGGUUGUGUAUAUAGAUGUAUUUUUAAUGAAAGUACUACUGAUAAUGUGAUUGGGGAAAUAUGUUCUACAAGUCUUUGUUGUAUCCCUGGGCAGGAUGUGCUUGGGGGUUAGAAAGUCAAAGCUCGCAGGGCAUCUGCAUGUUGAACAAGUGGAAAGUCUGGAUUUCCCCCUCUUUAGAACGCGCAUAGGAAUUAAUGAGCACAAAAUAGGUGAAUGUGUACUUUGGGUACCUAACUAAUAUGCCCUAGUCCUGUCUUGUCUGGUUGGCGGGGUUUUAUCAAUGCAAGCAUAAAAGCCUUACUUAAAAGCAACUUACUUAAAGCAACUGAAACGGAUCCUUUCACUACUCCUGUGAGCAUUUCUCCCAGCUGCUAACACGGAGCAUCACGCAUUGACGCACCACAAGGAGACAGGAGCACCUUCUGCCUCUCCUCGCUUUCAUACUGAAUGGGAAAGGUGUGGUUAAGAACCUGUAAGCACACUGCUCUGAGCGCUGCCGUUUCCUGCUGCUUGUCUUCCCACUGAUGCACUUCUGUGUUUAUUUGCACAGUGAAUCAUGCAGUUAUGCACUUGAAGAGGUGGUUUGAGGACUGAGCAUUUGCUGUGACUUGCUGUUGGAUGUGCUCAGAACACAAAGUGUUGGCUAGAUGAGAAGAAUGCAAAGUUUGCAUUACUACUGCGUGCUAAAAUUUAAUCGAAUUUCAAGUAGCUACCAAAUAAAUUUGGUGUGAGACAGUGGGGUUUUCGGUACGGUCAUUUGCAGCAGAGAGAAUCAGAGAGGUAGAGUGAUUGUAGGACCAUAGAAUGGCCUGGGUUGAAAAGGACCACAAUGCUCAUCCAGUUCCAACCCCCUGCUAUCUGCAGGGUCACCUGCAAACCAGGCUGCCCAGAGCCACAUCCAGCCUGGCCUCCAGGCAUUCAGUGAUGAUAGAACAUAAUGCCAAGAAAGCUGCUCUCCAAACAAAUGUAUCUUACAGUCCUGUUUGUCCCCAGGAGCGCUGCAAACAUUUAGGCUGUGGGUGACAAAAGGGCCUCUGUCCGAGCAAGGAGCAGGAUGGAGCUCAGCUGAAACAUCAGCUGUUCAGGGAGUGCUCGGGUUGUAGUUGCUAACUGUAUUAUCUGUGAGGAAACAGGAAAAAAGCCCACAACAAUAAUGUAGUUCAGAAGUCGUAAAUAUAGCUAUGUAGUGAUUUUCACGUUUAUUUUUUUAAUAAUUUGGGAAGCUUGCUUUCCAGUUCUUGCGAUGAGUAAUGGAGAGGCCGCCUGUUGCAGCAGCCCUUCAGCUGGGAGCUGUGGCUCAACGUGGAUAGAGCUGAAUUCUGUUUGAAAUUUUCCUACGUUGCAUGGAAUGACUUGGAAACGCCAAAUGGUUGAUUAGAAGUCGUACAUUCUGAUCUGUGCGUGGUUUUGGUCACUGUGUGACUUGACUGACUGUUCUCAUGUGUUAAGAUAGGUUCCAGUUCACCUGAGCAUUUAAGCAUUUGCCGACAUCCUUUCCACAGAACACACAGUACCAUUGGCUCUUUGUUCCUGGAGCAAUCCCUUAAGUGCUUUGCUGAAUUGGGCCUUAAUGAAGAAUGCUUACUGUAAUUACCAGUGUUUUUUAGGGUAUUUUUACGUAUCAGUUUUUUAAACUUUUAAAACCAGCCUGACCGCCUGUGUUCAAUCUUUUGAAAUGCUUUCAUUUCCCUAGUACCAUUUUUAAAGUAAAGCUAUUGAAACUUUUCUGUAUAACCAAAUUGUAUUUAAUUUGUCAAAUCUUUUUAAUAUAUGUAUGUAUUAUACAGUUUCGGCUAUUAUUAUUUCCUUUUAUUACAUUUAUAAUUUGAUCUCGCUGUGUUUUUAAUGCCGGUGAAUGUUGCUGAAUUAUUUGUAUAUGCAAAUUGCAAGAUCUAAUACAUUCUGAUGCAAGAACAAAGCUUUGUUUUUAUUCUCAAACUGCACUGCUCUCUUUAAAUCUUUAAAUUUUAUUCCUGUCUGUGUGUUCAUUUAAGCAAAGUAUCCUAAAGGACUGAAAACCCAUUAUCUACAUCAAUAACUUCUUGGUACUUACCAUCCGUCGCUAUUGGAAGCAGUGCUCUGAUUUAUGUCGUAACCAAAGCGCACGUAAACUCAUGACAGCGAUUAGAAAGCCAGGCCUUCCCAAACUGUGUUAACAAAUGAGAGCUGACGAUGCAGAGCUCUGACGUGCCGAGUCCCAUUGCAUCCUUCCUCUGUGAGCAUUGAGGGAAUGACUCAAAGCCCGACCCUGCAGUUCUUCAAGAAGGCUUCCAGUGGUACAAACGCUCCUCUGCACUUCCUGGUUUGUUCCGUGUUUUCUUUUUGUUUCCUUGACCUCGUGCUUCUUCAUGAAGGUUUUGUGUUUCACAACCUGUGGGGCUGAAGGUUAUGCUUUUAGAAACUGAACUUUCAGAAAGAACGGACUUUGGUUGUAAACUGCUCAUGAAACAUUGAUUUCAGCGGGCUGGUUAAACAAUACAGACUAAGCAAGAUCAAAGACGUAUUUGUUCUGUAUGGGGCACACGUGUCAAGUGGAAGCUAAGCUUUCCUUAAUACACAAAUUGUUCAGUGCCUCUGAGAAUUUUUCGAGCAAUUGAACUUCACUGUGAAUGUUCUUCAUCUUGCGUAUUAAGGGAUUAUUUUGUAAUUUAGGUAUUUUAAUAAGAGCUUUAUUCUAACGA